CCCGCCAUCAUGUCCUCCCCCCAGCCCCCCAUCACUCCCCCCACCUGCCUGACCUUUGCCUUCUAGAACUCCUGGAAGUUUCCAACUGGAGGUUUUAAUUUGAAAGCUCCUCCUGUUCUUAGCAGUUGGUCCUGGAGUGGCUGCUACGGCCCCUCCCUCUCAGUCAGGGUCCCCCUCAGGAUGGAGGCCCCAGCCACAACCCCUCGAUCCCGGAUUUUGGGCCACUCCUCCAUGUUGCGCUUCUUCCGUAGCCUGAGGGGGAGCAAGAGCAGCCCGAAAAGCUCUGACAAGGCACUGUCAAGGCGUCGGGCGUGCCCCUCACAAGAGCACGACGCCAUCCCCCUGAUGACGGACCACCACCGAGGAGUGGGGAGGAAGGAGCCCAGGCCACCCGCCAUAGUGCCCUGCAUCCUCUCUGUGGCCAUGCCACGGCACGGUCCCUCGGGGCUGGGGGACACGGGGACCCAGACCCCCACCCCCAGGGAGGUCCUGAGGGUCAUGGCCCAGGGUGUGGAGGUGAAGUCAGUCCUGCCCAGAGGAAGCCAGGAGGUGCUGGACGACCUGUCUGAGAAGGAGGGGAGUAAAGAGGAGGAGGAGGAGGCAGCAGGGGAGGCCUCCCGGGACACAGGGACCUCAGACAGGAGCCACUUUGCCAGAGCCCUGGAGGUGGAGCAAGGAUGCCUGCAGAGGGCCGUGGGGCCACUGGAGGUCAGCCCCGAGGCCUUCCCCAGGGAGGAGAAGGAGCGUCUGCUUGAUGGAGACCUCAGGCUGGCCUCUUCGAAGGUGGGGGCGACCCCCUGGAACCGCCUCCUCACCUUGUACAAGCAGCUUCAGAAGUCUGCAAAGUUUCCUCUCAAGGAAGGCUUCCCAUCUGAGGAGAAAGGGGAGGAAGAGGAAAUAGAGGAAGAGGACAGGUCAUUCAAGCUCUGUGUCCCAGGCACUGUCAGCCUCCAGUCACCGCUGCAUAAGACCUUUAUGUCAACAGACACCGUGGGUUUCGUGGAGUCAGAGUUAAAGAAGCUUCUGGUAGUGCAGCGAGAGUCCCGCCUUUGGAAGAUGGGCAGCCACGAGGGCCGGGAGCUGCUGACCCAGCCGGAGAUCACCCUGGAGGAGGCGGGCGUUGUGGACGGCCAGCACCUGCUCCUGGAGGAGAUGGACGAGAUGGGAAACUGGCCUCCGGAGUGAAGCUGGUGCUGGCCCUGAGUCUACCCUGCCCCAGACCCCGGGAACUCACGUAGGGAUGCACCUCCCUUCUUAGGGCACAUCCAAGGAGCCCCUGGGGCCAAGGGGUCUUGGGAUAAACAAUGUCCACCUGUCUGCAGGGUGGGCCUGCCCAGCAGACUGUCCCCACCCAUCAGACUCAGGCCUGUGAUGUUAUUAAUAAAGCCCAGUUUGACUC